AUGUCGGUUAGACAUAUCGUACGGCAAUUAUCUUUAUCUCUAAUAAAUUUUAAUGAAUUAAAGUCAUACCAACUGUAUAGUCAUCAUCAUCGGUGUCGACACCAUAACAACAACAACAACAGCCGUCUAUCUAUCAUCCGAUGUGCCCAUCAGUUAUCAAUUGAAAAGAUUGUCGACGAAUAUCAAUCAAAAACAGUUAAAAUAUUUGUUGACAGUUAUACCAACCGUGAGGGUCAUGGAGUCGGCUGUGUGGUCGACAGAAGCCGCGGUCUAGUGGUCACCUGUGCUCACGUUGUCGACGAUAUACGUGAAGUGACUGUUGAAUACAGACUGGCAGACCUAAAGUUAAGGGACGGCACCCGACCGGCACGGGUAGUGUAUGUCGAACCGCAAAACGAGUUGGCGCUCAUACAGAUCCAGUACCAACCCUAUGAUAGGCUACUGGCGCUGAACGGACUAACCGAUUAUGGCUAUAGUGCCGAACUAACAAAUUUUGGUGAAGAAAUACUGUGUUUAGGUUGUCCCAUGUCGUGGGCGUCGAUAGUACCGAUGACCGGCUGUAUAAUGUGUCCCAGAAGUUUACAAUCACAAAAAUUAUAUGAUAAAUAUCGGGAACCGGACAGUGUCCACUGUGAACAUAUUAGCGGUUUGGUGGCCGGCUUUUCCGGCGGUCCGGUCAUUGACGAAACUGGUCAGUUGGUCGGUGUUGUUCACUUGAAAACUGAUUACUUUAAAAACUUUAGCAUUACAUCCACACAAUUGUCGGAUUUUGUUGCCAAUGCUCAGGUGUUUUGUGACAAACAGUUGAAUAUCAAAAAAAGAUGGCAAUGGAUAAGAGAUAAACAGAUGCAUACACUGGUCAGUGGUAAUGAGUAUAACCAUCCCGGCCGUGUCGGUGGCGGCAGCGGACAACUGGGCAUCGAAAUCAGUUGGUAUAAUAAGUCGCUGAUGGAUAUGUAUAAAAAUUUAUGGCAAAAUGAGGGCCGAUUUGUCUAUAUUUAUCAACAUUACAAUGGAAAUGGUUUAAUAGUUUGGACAGUAGUUCACAGAACUAAAGAAAAUUUUACUCUCAAAGAGUUUGAUAUAAUUGUCAAAAUCAAUGGCAAUACUAUUUUAUCAAUUGAUGACAUCAAUAGAGCACUGGUAGCCAAUACUUCUAACAAUACGGUUGUGUUGACAGUCUUCAGAAAUGGUUUUAAUAUUGAUUGUCCCGUAACUAAAACUCAUCAAUUGUUUGAUGCAAUUAAUAUUAUUUAA